GGCCGGAUGGCAGGGGCGUGGGCGGGGCCGGCGGCCGAGGUGACCCCGGCGCUGUGAGGGCCCCCCGCGGCGGCCCUGCGGAGCUCCAAAAGAUGAGUCAUGGAUAUCCAGAAAACAACAAUUUCCUGAACAACAACAACCAAAUGGUGUUAGACAUGUUUCUUUACCCGUUAAUUGGAAUUCAUCAGACCAUCAACUGGGAAACUGUGGCAAGACUUGUGCCUGGACUAACACCUAAAGAGUGUGCAAAAAGGUUUGAAGAACUGAAGAGCAGGGGAUGCUCCCCAGUAGACAACCACUACAAUCCCUUAAUGGCAACUGGAGAGAAUCCUGUGGAAAGUUUAGCCCUAUAUAUAAAAUCCUCACUGCUUGGUACACAGGGAGAGUUUCAGGAGUCACCGACUGAUCAGGAUGCAAUUUCUAAAACAGGUAAGCCUGUCUCUUCCAGAAAUUGUUCUUCAGAAUGUGAAAAUGGUACUACUCAUAAUGGUGAAGAAAAGACUGAAGAAUCUGAAGGGCCAAACAUGGUGAUUCAUGUAUGUGAUGAAGCAAAAAACUUGAAAGAAGAUUUUAUUUGCCCACGAGAUCUUUUGAUAGCAGAAAUGAAAUACUUUGCUGAAUAUUUAUCAAUGGAUGCCCAGCGCUGGGAAGAAGUGGACAUUUCAGUUCAUUGUGAUGUUCAUAUUUUCAACUGGCUGAUAAAAUAUGUUAAGAGGAACACUAAGGAGAAUAAAGAUUGUGAGAUGCCCAGUUUAGAACCAGGAAAUGUCAUUUCCAUUCUUAUUUCUUCAGAGUUUUUGAAAAUGGAUACACUAGUUGAGCAAUGUAUUCAGUAUUGCCACCAAAAUAUGAAUGCCAUAGUAGCCACCCCAUGCAACAUGAAUUGUAUUAAUGCAAAUCUGCUUACACGUAUAGCUGACUUGUUUACACACAAUGAAAUUGAUGAUUUAAAGGACAAGAAAGAUAAGUUCAGGAGCAAACUUUUUUGUAAGAAGAUUGAAAGACUUUUUGAUCCAGACUAUGUGAAUCCAGAUUCUCGGAACAGUGCAGCAACAUUAUACAGAUGCUGUAUCUGCAAGAAACUUUUAACAAAAGAAACAGAAAAAAAAAUUUCUUGCGUUCCUGGAAAAUUUAAUGUGGAUCGACAUGGAAGUAUUAUCUAUAUUCACAUAAGAGAUAAGAAUUGGGAUGUUCAUGAAUAUUUGAAUACUCUUUUUGAAGAAUUAAAAUCUUGGAGAGAUGUAUAUUGGCGCUUGUGGGGAAUAGUCAACUGGCUGACUUGUUCAAGAUGUAAUCAGGCUUUUCGUUGUAUAGAACUCUCACACUGUCAGUAUCACUCGGAAAUAGUGAUCUAUCCUAGUACGGCAAGUGCAAUGAAUACUGUUGGCACAGGAAUUUAUCCCUGCUGUAGCCAGAAGGUUCUUCGGUUUGAUCCCACUCAGUUCACAAAGGGCUGUAAAGUGAGGGAACACUUGGUUCUUCAUGAUCAGGAUAAAAAUGACUUGCUGCCCUGUCCAACUUUUAGAAUACUGGAUGACCUACGCAAGCACAAAGAUGUUGUGGUGGUGCCUUUCUGUAAGGACGCAAUUAGUGAUUCUGGUGUUGCUCUUUCUGAUGAUAAGGGCACAGACUGUGAUAUUAUGCUUGAGCCAAAUACAUCAUGGGGCCCCAAAAGUGGAGAGCUGAAUGCUUUCUUGUCCCUGAAAAACUGGACUCUACAACUGAAACAACAAUCAUUAUUUUCAGAAGAAGAAGAAUAUACAACUGGAUCUGAGGUCACUGAAGAUGAAGUUGGAGAUGAAGAAGAAGUAUCUAAGAAACAAAGAAAAAAAGAGAAACCAAAGAAAUUCACUAAACAACCAAAAAAGCAGAUGUCAUCUCCCUGUGGCCAAAAGAAAGACAAGACAACGGAGAAGGAAGGGAUAAAAAGCCAGUCAUCUUCCAGAGAUGUUUCUCCUUUCAUUGUAAGUAUGCAGAAAAAUAAGUGGGAUGCUACAAGGUCCUUGAGAUUCAAUCAAGAUGCACAAAGAGAAGAUGAUCAGCGGCGGAUGUCUGAAAUUACAGGACACCUAAUUAAGAUGAGAUUGGGGGAUCUGGAUCGCGUCAAGUCAAAGGAAGCAAAAGAAUUUGCAGGAGGUAUUUAUUCCAGGCUGGAAGCACAAAUCAAGGCUUCAGUCCCAACCAGUGCACGGCAGAGCAGCUCAGAGAAAAACACAAGGUCUAGAAAUCGUUUUGGUCAAGGGCGUCCUGCGUAAAGCACCCUGAAAGUAACUGAAAGAUAGAAGCAUACCUCCGGAUAUCUGAUAUUUCUUCUUAAAGAUCUUCAAAACAAUAACUUCUACAUGUUUUAAUUUAUUAUUCUUGCAAGCCACAUGAACUAUAUUGCUAAGGGAAAUAUAUAGUUAGGUGUUUCAAAAUCUCAUUGUAAAUAUGAAACUUUAAUCUUCAUGUAGUAUAGAAUUAGGAUAUGUAGAAAACUAGUAUUUACAAAUGUGCUAAAAAUUCCUAUUUAUUGUUUUUGUUUAUUUGAAAGAAAAGAGACUUCAGCUCUCAAUAGCUAAGGUUUUUAAGAUCUUUAAAAAAAUCUUGGGUGCUCUGCUGGUUAGAGUUGCUGUGUCUGUGCAAGGUUAUAGUAUUGUCUUUGGGCCUCGAAGUCUGGUGGAUGGAACUGGAAACUGAAAUUUUUGCCAUGAAAUUGCCAGUGAUGCUUAUUUUAAAUUUGCAUGAAUAUUAAAGGUAACAUAUCUCAAGAAUUAAAUAAAGUUUUGAGAUGAGGUAUUUCCUUCCUAUGUUGAGCAGAAAAUUUUAAUUUUUUGUUUUUGUUUCUCAGUAUUAUUCUACAGAAAGCACAAUAUUUGUUUGUUUGUUUGUUUGUUUGUUUUCUGGGUCACACCCAGAGCGAUCAGGGGUUACUCCUGGCUCUAUGUUCAGAAAUCGCACUUGGCAGGCUCAGGGGACCAUAUGGGAUGCCAGGAUUCAAACCAGUCCUUCUGCAUGCAAGGCAAACUCACUACCUCCAUGUUAUCUCUUCAGCCCUAGAAAGCACAAUAUUAAUUUAAUCUACCCCACCCUAAAACCAGUCUUUAAUGCUUAUCUACUGAUCAUCAAAGGUGGAAUUUACUGAUAAUUUCCUUCCCUCCGUGGAGCUAGUGCCAUUCUGAAUUUGUUAAAAUACCCACCAACAGUUUUAGGAUAGUAAAUGAUUUCAGUUGUAUGAGCUGCCUGUUGCUUUUCUCAGGGCUCUAGUCAUUCAGUCAGCCCCUUAAAUUACUUCCAAUUAUUUAUUACUUGAGCAACAUGUAGAAGAGUCACGACUACAUUUGAUGGGUGAAAAUUUGCAUAUCAAAAUAAAAUUCAUAGAUCAUGUUUUAAUUCUUCAACAAAGCUUUCUCAUGGAAAUUCUGUUUCAAACCAUAAACAUAAAAUUAUGUUUAAAAAUUAUAGUGUUGCCUCGUGAAAUCUUUAAAUGCACUAUUUGUAGUUUUAGCUUUUAUUUGCCAUAUAAUUGAAAAUUUUUUCAAAUGAUUUAGACACUGGACAGAAGCGAUAGUAUAUUGGGUAGGGGAUUUGCCUUGCACACAGCUGACCCGGGUUUGAUCUUCAGCAUCCCAUAUGAGUCCCCGAGCCUGCCAGGAAUGGUUCCAGUGCACAGAACCAGGAGUAAUCCCUGAAACCACCAGGUGUGACCCAAAAACCCAAAGAAAAAGAAAAAGUAAAUAAAUAGUGUGUGGCAGGACAGCAUCUUCUGUUGAAAUAUUGGAGUAUUAUAUUCAGUUUACAAUACAGAAAUUAUUUUAGCAAAUAUUUUAGUUGACAAAUGAAGUUUAUUGUUAUUUGAUAUUUUAUGUAUAAUUUCACUUAUUUAAAUUUUAAAUUUAUGUUUGGGAAUUUUAUUGUAGUUAUAUAUAUAUUUUAGUUGGAUGUUUUCAAAACAUAAGUUUUUGAUUUUCAAAAAAGAAAAUGUUUUAAGCAUAUUAGUAAUCUCUGAGCCUGGUUAAACUCUAAAAUCUUAGUUUCUUUAUUGUACUCUGAUGUAAAGAAUUUGGGCUUUUCAUGUUCUCCUUUAAUUAUUAGCUGAUGGAAACAAGACAAGUUGCUUCUCUUCUUUGAGGGUUUGCACCACUGAAUUAAUUUUUACAAAAGACCAGAACUCAUCAGAAGUUUUUUAUCUUCAGAAUGUGCUUUUUUAUUUUGCUAAUGUCUUAAACCACACUCUCUUAAUAGUAGUUCUUUUGCCAAACAUCUUGAGGGCCUCACAUUGAUUCUGACUAUUUCUCUUAUUGAAAUAAAUGUUAAAAACAAAA